AUGACGUCGUUCUCACUCUCCCGGAUGCCCAAGGAGGAUAUGAUCUGCACUGGCUGCGGGAAAGAUCCCUACAACUCCGGCACCGGCUGCCUCUGCGCUCCCGGUGCGGGGAACUGGGUCUACAAGGCCACUGGAACCAUUGACCCGGGCACGGAGAAGGCAGAGGAGCCGAAGGGCCACUGGGACGCAAGGGAUUAG